UUUGACUCUGCACAAUUUUGUUCAGACAAGAUAUUGUAAUCGGACAACCGGCAGUCAUCGGUUAUCGAUAACCCAAACCCCAAGCUUAUAUAAAUAUAUUCCCCCGCACCGCCGCUGCAUGAGACACUUACGGACAACAACAUUGAAGGACAUCCAUUACAUCCUUUACGAAUCCACCGUGUAGAGCACAAUAAACAAAGAAAAAUUCAUAUUCAUAAUGUCAAAAGCUGUCUUUCUCUCCCAAAUUGAGGGCAAGCCGGGGCAGGUUUACUAUCCCCUCUCCGUUCAGAACCUACCCCAGCCGACACCGGAGGGUCGCGAAUUAUUGGUGAAAAUGACCGCAGCGUCGCUGAACCAUCGCGAUGUCUUUCUGCGCCAGCAUCUUUAUCCCGGUAUCACAUUCAACGUUCCCAUGGGGGCAGAUGGUGUGGGAGUGGUCGUCGGUGCUGGUCCCGGGGUGUCGAAUCCAGAACGCUGGCAGGGAAAGCGGGUCAUACUGAACCCGGGAACGGGCUGGAAGGACUCGCCUGAUGGACCGGAAGACCCCAAGGGGUAUCGGAUCAUGGGCGGUACCAAGCUCUACAACAAGGGCACGAUGCAGGAGUACCUCACCAUCGACGAGUCCGAGGUAGAAGAAGCCCCGGAGCACCUGUCCGAUGCGGAGGCCGCUGCUCUGCCCUUGACAGGAUUGACGGCAUGGAGAGCCUUGGUGGUCAAGGCCGGCGAAAGAAAUUCGGGCAAGGGUGCUGCAGUUCUGGUUACUGGUAUUGGAGGGGGUGUUGCGUUGAUGGCACUUCGGUUCGCCGUGGCCAAGGGUGCAGAUGUCUACGUGACAAGCUCCAGUCAGGAGAAAAUUCAAAAGGCAAUUGAAUUGGGUGCAAAGGGAGGUGUGAGCUACAAGGAAGAAGGCUGGGAGAAGAAGCUUUUUACAAUGCUUCCCUCGGGAAAGAGGGCCUUCGAUGCUAUUAUUGAUGGUGCCGGUGGCGAUUCAAUUGAGAAAGCGGUCAGAUUGCUCAAGGCUGGUGGUGUGCUCUCCGUUUAUGGAAUGACUGUCUCUCCCAAGAUGCCUUUCUUGAUGCAAGCGGUCUUGAAAAACAUUGACGUUCGUGGCUCGACUAUGGGUUCCCGCAAGGAAUUCGAAGAUAUGGUUGAGUUCGUCAAAGCAAACAAGAUCUACCCCGUGAUCUCGCGCGUUCUGCAGACCGAACUGGGUGAUACCGCGGGGCUCGACGGGCUGUUCCAGGAUAUGAAGGAAGGCAAACAAUUCGGGAAGUUGGUUGUCGAAUUCGGGAAGUCUUCGGGAAGCAAAUUGUAAGGAUCUAAGUUGGUAAUUGAAUCUUUAGCGAAUCUCACCGUAUGAAUGUGAUAUGUGUACAUAGCCCCGGUCGGGAUGGAAUGGACUCACUGUGUGAUUGCCGAUGAACUUGGCACAUAGCACCGACAAGGACCGAGAUCGAGUGAUGGAAUGGAUAUCAUUUGUAGUAAUGAGUAUUCUUACCUUUGGUAUGAUCUAUUUCGUCG